AUGGCUCUCUACAAAGCGAUCUGCGUGGCAGCUCUGCUGGCUCUACUGAGCGCAGUCUCCAUACUGGACCCAGCACCAGAGGACAGGACCACUGACAUCACCUCGGACAGAACAAUGCUAACAGAUGAAUUUCCUCUGUCUUCUCCUACCUUGAGACAGAAGAGAGCGGCCAGUUACUAUAACCCGAUUCCAAACUCCAACUUGAGAUGGGUGUACAGGCGUUCUGGUAGUCGUCUCCCUGCUGGAACUGUGUAUUAUGGCAACUGGUACACACAUCGUCGUGACUAUAUUUGCCAUUGUCGUUGUGCAGCAGGUUUUCAUGCGGCAGGAAGCAAUACUUGCAAAUAUGCGUAUGGUUUCAAAGAACAUACAUGCACUAACUUUUAUCUCCUGGUGAACAAAGACAAUUUUGAGAUUUUUGAGUAUAAGUCCGGUUCCUCUGGUUCAGUGCCUAAGGAUGCGAUCAGGACCUGCCGUAAUGUUAACAUAUUUGUUGGGAAGAACAAGUAUGGUCUUGGGAAGGUGGAUGUCAGAAAUAAGUCCUUCUAUCUCCCCUGGAGAGGUUGGGAGUACAAGUACAGGCAUUACGAUGUCCUGGUCAUGACCAGAAGAGUUAAGUCAGACCGCAUUUCUGAUGUCAAGUACAACUUUAAAGCAGCUAAAAAAAUUAGUCAUCCUCCAGAGGUCAUGACCAAGGCUUCCACUAGCAAUUAUCAGUGUAGAACAGUUUCCAAAACAGUUCAUCUCUCAAAGGAGUAUUCUGAAGAGAAAAGGUGGGACAGUACCACCUCCAUCUCAGUUGGUGUCACAACCAGCUUCACUGGCAAAAUCCCAUUUGUUGGCGAGACAGGUAUUGAGGUCAGUGCUUCGCCCAGCUUGGUAAUCUUGGGUCAUCACUUCAAGAAGUGGUUCAACUUGGUGAAUGUUAUCGUGACAGCUGGCAGCAGUAUCUUCAUCAUCACCCAGCCUUUUGUGGAGUCAGGCCUGCUGGAGAAAGUGGGCCUUGAAAAUACUAUAUGCAUCCAGCAGGUGUCCACCUUCGAGUCAGACCUCCGUCUCUGGGAUGUUGGAUAA